UGAGGAAGCAGAGAUCAAAGCUGGCAUUUUAUAAUACAUAAGCUAUAGCAACUGUUACUAGCUGAAGCUGCCAUUGAAGUUCACCAUUAAUCUCCCACAGAUUGAGCUUUCAAGCUAUAGUUGCUGAAAUUUGCUAGCUAGCUUUUCAUAUGGCUUUAUAUUUAUAUUUAUAAAUCCUUUCUCUCUAUUCUUUCUUUUAUUAAGAUAAGCUCUAUUUUGUACACUUUCUCUUUUUUAUCUUGCCUUUUAAGCACUCUCUUCUUUCCUCUUCUUGUUUCUUAUUUGUUCCUCUCUUCAAUCUCUCUCAAAAUCUCCACCUCCAUACCUAAAGAGAGCAUGCCUGAAUGUCCAGAGAAAGGGAGAGAUUUGAGGAGAUAGGCAAAAAGAUCAAGAGAGAAACAGAUGCCUCAUCUCAAAUGGGAAGAAGACACAUGCUGGGUCCUCCUGGAACCCUAAAUACAAUUACUCCUUGUGCUGCCUGCAAGCUCUUGAGGAGAAGGUGUGCACAAGAAUGCCCUUUUUCUCCAUAUUUCUCCCCACAUGAACCCCAGAAGUUUGCAUCUGUUCACAAAGUUUUUGGUGCCAGCAAUGUCUCAAAGAUGCUUAUGGAGGUUCCUGAGAGCCAAAGAGCUGAUGCAGCUAAUAGUCUUGUAUAUGAAGCUAAUGUAAGGCUGAGAGAUCCAGUUUAUGGUUGCAUGGGUGCAAUUUCAGCUUUGCAACAACAAGUUCAAUCUUUACAAGCUGAACUUAAUGCAGUUAGGGCUGAAAUUCUCAAAUACAAAUAUAGAGAAGCAAACAUUCUACCUUCUUCUCAUGUAGCUUUACUUUCUUCUGGGGCUGUUUCUGUUGCUACACCAUCUUCAUCCUUACCUCCACCAACACCUCCGCCUCCUCCUACUUCCUCUUCUUCUUCUAUUUAUACCCACCAGCCAACCAGUGUCACCGACUUUAGCACCAUUUCAAAUGAAAAUGUCUCCUUCUUUGGUUAACUAAAAUUUCUAGCUAGUCUAAGAGCAAUAAAAAUGAGGAAGAGAUGAUUUGAUUGGGUGGGGGAGUUGUUUAAUUAGUUUUGGAUAUUACUGUUAAUUAAAAUCCUUGAUUGAGGUCUAAAUAUGUCUUUAGACAUUGUUGGUUGA